AUGAAUCACAUUGGAGAGACUGAUCUGGAAGAGAAGAAAAAACUGGAGGCAAUAAAAAUGGAUCUGAAAGAAAAGGAAGAGAAAUUUGAAGCCGAGGAAGCUCGUUAUCAAAAACUGGUUGUUCAGGGGCUCAAAACUAAUGCCGAGUAUCAAGAUGUCCGCAGCAAAGAGUUAAUAAGUUGGAUUGGCUCCCCAAAUGCUCGAGCCACAAUUUCAGUGAAAAGGUUGGGCGAACUUGAUCGUAAGCCAUUUUUGGAAUCAGCUAAGAGAAAGAUUUCUGCUGAAGUGAAUGCGAAAGCAGCAACUAAGAGAGAACUUUUCGAGGAAGCGAAAGUGAAAGCAAUCCUGUGGUGCUCACAGUGGGAAGAAUAUCUUAGGGAUCCUGACUGGCAUCCUUUCAAAAUUAUAACUGACAAAGAAGGGAACUCCAAGGAAAUUUUAGGCGAAGAAGAUGAAAAGCUGAGAAGUUUGAAGGAUGAGUUUGGAGAUGAGGUGUAUGAUGCAGUAGUUACAGCUCUAAAGGAGUUAAAUGAGUACAAUCCUAGUGGUAGGUACCCAAUAUCGGAACUAUGGAAUCAUAAAGAAGGAAGGAAGGCUUUAUUGAAGGAGGGUGUUUCCUGUUUAGUGAAGAAAUACAAGAAACUUAAAUCAAAUAAGCGACAGAGAUCAAAUAAGCGAAAGAGAGCUUGAGGCUUCAUUUGGGCGGUAAUUAAGAACUUAGAAUUAGAAU